UCUGUCAAAAGUCAAAACAUAACCUCAUCGAAACAUUUCUUUUCAAAACUAAUUUAAAUAUGAGCGGUUCAAAUUCGGAAAAUGAUCUUUCAAAUCGAUUAAAAUACUUAUCCACCAAUGAAAGACCACGUUUAGCGAAGAAAUCAACCGCUAAUCAAAUCCCGUUCUUCGAACAAAACAAAUAUGCAAACAUGACUAAACGACAAGCUGCAUUGGCAAGUAAGGAUAAAUCCAAGCAAGAUUUAGCCAAGUUAAAUUCCGAUGUGCUCGACGAGGAUGAGGGAAAAGAUAAAAGACGCACUAAAAAAACGUUUCCUAAACGAGUUCAAGGAGCAGUUUACGAUUCAAUGGGUGUUCACAUUUCCGGCAUUGAUUUAUGCGAUUGCUUACAAGAAAAUUGUCCUGGUUGUCAUUUCAAGUGCCCAUCAUGUUCUUCAUUUAAAUGCGGAACUGAAUGUCGUGUUAAUAGAAAGUAUAUCUACGAACAAAUUGAAUAUCAUGGUUAUGAGUUUAAUAUUAAAAAUCCUAUUAACAGAAGAGAUUAAAUUAUUAACUUAAGUUAAUGAAUUCUUGUCCUUUAAUGGUAAUAAUAGUAAUUGAUUAAUUAAAAAUUGUAUCUUUAAGGUAAUAAAUGUUUUUGUUCAAGA